AUGUAUCUACACACGGCGUUUCUGCUUCUAUGUCUUCCAGCACUAGUUUCAGGAUUCUGUCCAAAAUUAUUUAACAAUCAAACCGCUUGUUCUUGCGACAGCACUGUCGAUGGGCCUGUUGUGAAGUGUAGUGGCCCUGCCGGACUUCCAGUAAUUGAGAAAUUGAAGUCUUCUCACAUGGAAAUCAGAGAACUUUCUUUGGAAAAUGCUAACAUAAUCGAGAUUGGUCCGCGUGCGUUCAAAAAUCUUCGUAUCAAAAAAUUAAUUCUUGACAAGAAUAGAAUUAAGGAAAUUCACAAAGAUGCAUUCCGUGGAUUGGAAAAUGUCAUGCAAGAGUUGUCAAUAUCUGAGAACAGCCUUCCAUCAGUCCCAACCAAAGCUCUUGCUGGUUUGAAAGCGUUGAACGUCCUAAAUCUCCGGUGUAACAAAAUUGAGAACAUCACCGAAUCCGCAUUCGUCAAUAUGACAGCACUUAUUGACGUCAAUAUGGCUUGCAACAAGAUUUGCAAAAUGGCUCCAGCUACAUUCCAAUCAGUCCGCAUCACGCUCCAAAAUCUCAUUUUGGACAACAAUUGCAUGACCGCUUUCCCCGCGGAAGCCGUUCGCAACAUGGAUAAUCUCAUCGCUCUUCACAUCAAAUACAAUCAAAUCGUUUCCCUUGAGCAAAAUGAUUUGUCCAACUUGACAUCACUUUCAAUGCUUUCUUUGACAGGAAACAACAUCACAACUGUUAAAGGAGGAGCUUUGAUGAACACGCCUAACCUUCGUUAUGUCUACCUCAAUGAGAAUUACAUUCAAACAUUCGAUAAUGGCGUAAUGUCUCAGUUCAAGCAAGCUCAAGUUAUUGAUCUUUCCUUCAAUAACAUCACUGAAAUCACCAAGGACAUGUUCGACGGUGUGGAAAGCAUUCAGCAUCUCAACCUUGAUAGCAAUGCAAUAACCUCUGUCACUGCUGGGGCGUUUGCUGGAACUCCACUACUACUACUCUGGCUUCCAAACAAUUGCUUGACUGAGAUCACCCAGCAAACAUUCCAAGGAGCUCUGUUCUUGCGUCAAGUUUCUGUCGCGAACAACAACAUCAAAUCGGUUCAACCUCUCUCAUUUGCCCAUCUUGCAAAUCUUCAUACUUUGGAUCUCGCAAGCAACAAGAUCAUGACUCUUGAAGCAGGAGCACUUACCGGCGCUGACCAUUUGACUGUUAGACUUCAAGAAAACCCAAUGGUUUGCACUCAAGAUGGAUUCCACGUAAUGAAUGGAAAUGAAGCUAUCAACCUUACCACUGAAAGCAACAAGAUUUGCAAGACCAACUGGCAUGAGGAGACGAUCAACCUUUGCCCAACCUCUCUUCCAAGGCCAGCCCCACAGCCAUGCUGCAAUGGUCCAGUGACAACCACAACUAGUACCACUUCUACCACUACAACCACUACUGAAGCUUCAACCACGGAAAAUACAGUUAAGACUACUACUGAAGCAGAAGAAGGAAUUGAGGAAGAGGAAGUUGAAGUUGGGGAAGAUGAAGAAGAUGCCGAUGAGGAAGAAAUUUCAACUACCACCACCACAGCCAAAUCAAAGAAUUCAGCUAACAAGAGAAUGAACAUGGAUAGAUUCUGGAGGCUCUCUCAAAAACCAAGCGUUAAUUCUCCAUUCAUGCGUCAUGCACAAGGAAACAAACCAAAGUUCCUAAGAACGACUACAACUACUGAAAUGCCGUCGGAGGACAACGAGGAAGUAUCUGAAAAUGAUGAUGACGAGGAAGAAGCUGAAUAUGUUGAAGAUAAUGAAGAAGAAGAAGAAGAGGACACAAAAGCAACUGAAGUCGCUACUACUAAAAAAGUUCCAGCUCGCAUCCGUGAGCGUCAGCGAAUGCUCGCCAACAUGCCGCCUUGGAUUGCCCAGCGAUCCAAGGCUCAAACCGCAGCAUCUGAAGAGUUUAACAAGGACGAUAAAGUUGAGUCCGUGAACCACGACGAAUUCCCGGCCAGAAAACUCUAA